CUGGGCCGGCGCUUGGCCGCUUCCGGUGGGGCCUGCGCUCUCGGCGGCGGCUCGCGCGCUCAGCUCCACAAGCGGCCUCAUGCAAGCUGAGCGCGGGGCUCGGGGAGGCCGCGGGCGCCGGGGAGGUCGGGAGCGGCCCGAAGGGGACCGGGAGCGGCCCGGGGCCGCGGCGGCGCUGGCGAGAGGAGGCGGCGGGGACAGAGGCGGCCGGCGGGGCCGGGGCCGGGGCUCCCGCGGAGGCCGAGGCGGCGGCGCCCCGCGAGGCGGCCGGCGGGAGCCCGGAGGCCGGGGCGGCAGAGGCAGCGCGCGGGUGGAAGAUGACAGUGAUUCAGAGACCUAUGGAGAAGAGAAUGACGAGGAAGAAAAUUUUUCUAGAAGAAAGAUCGUCUCCAACUGGGAUCGAUAUCAAGAUACUGAGAAGGAAGUUAAUGGUGAAAGUGGAGAAUCCCAGCGGGGGACAGACUUCAGUGUCCUCCUGAGCUCUGCAGGGGACUCCUUCUCACAGUUCCGAUUUGCUGAGGAGAAAGAAUGGGAUAGUGAAACUUCAUGUCCAAAGCAGAAUUCAGCACUCUACGUGGAUAGUGAGUCACUGGUUCGAGCACUUCAGCAGCUGCCUCUCGCAGUCCGGCUUAAUGUUGCUUCAGAGUUGAUCCAGACCACAGUUCCUUUAGAACUUCCACAGGUGAAACCAAGGAGAAACAAUGAUGGCAAGGAGCCAGGCAUGCAGCUAAGGGGACCCAUCUCCGAGCUCAGAUCUGCUGCUGGUGGUGGUUCCAGGUCUCUGGGCAGAGACAGUUUAAAAUCCAGCCCUCUAGAGGGUUUGCAGAAAGCUGCGUCCCCACCACAGUCAGUCGCAGACCAUCUAGAAGAAGAACUGGACAUGUUGCUGCAUUUAGAUGCGCCUGUCAAAGAGGAAGACAGUAUCUCUCCAGAACAGACAUCUCAGGGCCAGGAACCAGAAAGAGAUGGGCAUGUGGCCCAGGAGGAAACAGUUCCUGAAAAACCAUCUAUGACUGGAGAGAAAAAUAUGGAACCUGAGCAGCCAAGCACAUCCAAAACUGUCACUGAGGAAGAUCUGGAAGACUGGCUGGACAGCAUGAUCUCCUGAAAAUGGGGAUCAAGUGGGGGAAAGUGCCUGAAGCAAAUGUUGGUUGCCUUCUAAGUAAGGGUGGGCUAGUUUACCAGAAACCCCAUGCUAACAUGUACUGUUACGCUUUCCAUGGCCAACACCUACCUCUGUGUUUGAUGGCAUCUGAAUACAUGUAUGAGGCUUGCUUAGGGCUUCGUUUCUGUUGUAAUCUGGUUUAGUCACCUAAUAGAUUUUCUUAAGGACGGGAUGUCACAGCUACAUUUUCAGCCUCCUUCCUGUCAACACUGACAGCACAUCAGGUGCUUAUUAAGGUGAUAUAGAGAAGCAACAAGGCAUGCAGUUGGUCAAAAUAAACAUCCUCUGGUCUCUGA